UUCAUCAAUCAUCAUCAUCAUCAUCUCUCUCUAGAAAAAAACUGACUUUCUCGAGAAAACAACUCUGACUUUGCUUAUGUACUGAAAGAUCAUGCCAGCUACAGACUUUCAAGGAUCAUUCGGAAGGUCGUUACUAACUUUACGGCGAGACCAAGUCGACUCUAGCCACCACCACCAGCCAAGCACCACCAUGGAGGUUGAGCUAGAUUCGUUUCAAAGACAAGUCGCCGAGAAGUUCAUCGAUCUCAACGCCUCCGCCGGAGAAAACAACCUUCUAUCUCUCGACUGGAUCAGCAAGCUUCUCGAUUCCUUUCUAUGUUGCCAAGAGGAGUUCCGAGCUAUCAUCUUCAACCACCGCUCGCAGAUCUCAACACCUCCGAUGGACCGUCUGCUCUCCGACUACUUCGAACGGAGCAUCAAAGCCCUCGACGUCUGCAACGCAAUCCGCGACGGUAUCGAACAGAUCCGUCAGUGGCAGAAACUCUCCGACAUCGUUAUCUCCGCUUUAGACAGUAGUCACCGUCCCGUCGGAGAAGGUCAGCUCCGGCGAGCGAAGAAGGCUCUGAUCGAUUUAGCAAUCGGGAUGCUCGACGAGAAAGAUCAUUCUUCCACAACGAAUCUAUCUCACCGUAACCGUUCGUUUGGGAGAGUCAAAGACAAUCACCACCGCUCGUUCGGACAUUUCAGAUCUCUGUCGUGGAGUGUCUCUAGAUCCUGGUCGGCUUCUAAACAGUUACAAGCCUUGGCUAACAACUUAACAAAUCCUAAACCAAACGACGUCGCUGCGAGUAACGGUUUAGCUGUACCGGUUUACACCAUGACUUCGGUUUUGUUGUUUGUGAUGUGGGUUUUGGUCGCUGCGAUUCCUUGUCAAGACCGUGGAUUGCAAGUGAACUUCUUUGUGCCGAGGCAUUACCAGUGGGCGGUUCCGGUUAUGUCCUUGCACGAUAAGAUCGUGGAGGAGUCCAAGAGGAGAGAUAGGAAGAAUUGCUGUGGGUUGCUUAAGGAGAUUGGUCGGAUUGAGAAGAGUUCGAGGGUGAUGAACGAGUUGAUCGAUUCGAUUCAGUUUCCGUUGAGUGAGGAGAGGGAGAGUGAGGUGAAACAGAGAGUGGAGGAGCUUGUGGAGGUUCAUGAGGGUUUGAAGAAUGGUUUGGAUCCUUUUGAGAGGAAAGUAAGAGAAGUUUUCCAUCGGAUUGUGAGAAGCCGAACUGAGAGUCUUGACUCUCUUUGUUGAUGGUGUUUCUUGUCUUUGAACAUGUUUGUCCUAAUAUGAUGUCGGUUCAUAUCUGGAUUUUUGUUGUCUUUUUCUUUUUGAACAGGGUAAAGAGGAACUCAGAGAGUGUAGAAGUCUUCUUCUUAUCUCUCUGUGAUAAGUCUGCUCAUAGUGAUGACGUUCUUCCAUGUGUAGCUAGUGUUUACCAAGAAUGUAUUCAUAAUGAACUAUCGGUUACAUAUAAAAGCCAACAGAAUCAUAAUUGGUUAAUGU